AUGUUGGAAGGUCGGAGUGAUGUUGCCGAAGUUUUCGUCAUCGGCGGGCAAGCUGCAUAUCAGGAGGCCAUCCGGAUGCCUUGCUGCAUUCGCCUCUACGUGACCAGAGUGGCAAAGGACUUUGAUUGUGAUGCAUUUUUCCCAUCACUGGAUGAGAAAGAGUUCCAGAUUGUUCAUGUGAGUACAACUCACAGCGCUUCAGACGUCCCUUUUGAUUUCGUCAUCUACGAAAGGCAGCCCAUCAAGGACGGCAGUGCUGCCGGCUACACUACUGCAUCAGCUGCCAUGGUCCAACAGCCUUCAGCGGCGCUUGCAGCUGCGGGUGGUGCUGGAGCUUUUGCGCAUGAGGAGUAUCAGUACCUGAAGGCCAUCCAGCAAAUCAUCCAAGAAGGGGUUCACAUGGAGGACAGGACCGGUGUCGGAACCCGCUCCAUGUUUGGCCAACAGAUGCGUUUCAACUUGAGAAACUCCUUCCCGCUAUUGACAACGAAGCGCGUUUUUUGGCGGGGGGUGGUCGAGGAGCUGCUGUGGUUCAUCAAAGGUGACACGAAUGCCAAUCACUUGACGGAGAAGGGCGUAAGGAUUUGGGAGGCAAACGGUUCGCGCGAGUUCUUGGACAAGCGUGGCCUUGGCCACCGCGAGGAGGGCGAUCUUGGCCCAGUCUAUGGCUUCCAGUGGCGACAUUUUGGCGCGAAGUAUGUCGACAUGCAUUCUGAUUACUCAGGGCAGGGAGUGGACCAAUUGGCCGAGUGCAUUCGGAAGAUAAAAGAAGACCCGACAGACCGUCGCAUCCUGCUUUCUGCGUGGAACCCUGCAGAUCUCCACUUGAUGGCACUGCCUCCGUGCCACAUGUUCUGCCAAUUCUACGUGGCAAACGGUGAGUUGUCCUGCCUCAUGUACCAGCGCUCAUGUGACAUGGGCCUGGGGGUGCCCUUCAACAUCGCUUCCUACUCUCUGCUGACCUGUAUGGUUGCUCAGGUUUGCGGCCUGAAGCCUGGCGAGUUUGUCCACACGCUGGGCAACACUCACGUGUACCAGAACCAUGUAGAGCCUCUCAAGACGCAGCUUGAACGCACUCCUCGGCCAUUUCCCGUCCUGAAGAUCAAUCCAGAGGUCAAAGACAUCGAUGGCUUCACCGCCUCAGAUUUCGAACUGGUUGGCUACAACCCGCAUGGAAAAAUUGCCAUGGAGAUGGCUGUGUGA